CGCUUGCCGCAGCCGCCAGAGCUCUCCGGACCGGCGCGGGUGCAGGGCCUCUGCGGGCGCCAGCGACACCUCUGCGACGACUCUUCCAGCAUGGCCGACGCGGAGAACCAGGGGUCUGCGGAGCCGGGCCAGGCGGCGGCGGCGGCAGCGGCGGCGGCAGCGGCGGCAGCGGCGGAGGCAGCAGCGGGGCCGGCGGAGGAGGUGAUGGCGGCCGGCGACGACGACGGCGCGCAGGGCGGCCCGCCGCCCGACGCCGCGGCCACCCCGAUGGCCGUGGAGCCGCAGGGCCCCGCCGAGAGCGUGGCCAAGCCGCGCAACGACUUCAUCGACAGCCUGCCCAACUCCGUGCGCUGCCGCGUCCUGGCGCUCAAGAAGCUGCAGAAGCGCUGCGACAAGAUUGAGGCCAAGUUCGACAAGGAGUUCCAGGCGCUGGAGAGGAAGUACAACGAGAUCUACAAGCCCCUGCUCGCCAAGAUCCAGGAGCUGACCGGCGAGAUGGAGGAGUGUGCGUGGACCCUGCAGGCCGAGGCGGAGGAGGAGGAGGACGACGACGACUUCGAGGAGGAGGAGGAUGAAGGCGAGGAGGAGGGCGCGGCGGCGGCCGCGAAGGGCGGCGACGCCAGCGCCGAGAUGCCCGACGCCGCCAAGAAUUAAGAGCGAGCGGCGAGCCGCCAGCGGCCGGCGCGCCCGCGAAGGAAACACGCUGAUUGCUUUCUUUCUGAGUACUGGUGGGCUUAGAAAGGCUUAGGUUUGUGGACCGAAACACAGUGCGAGUUUGUUCUGACAUUCCUAAAAAGAGAUAGGUUAAAUUGAAGCAAUUAGGUCCCAAAUUAAACGCUAAAAUCGGUUCUCUCCAUGAUCUCCCCUGGGAGGACUCGAACUGAGGCUUAGAGAGGGUGUCCGCAGAUCGCAGCAGAGAGCGCCACUCUGAGACCCAGUCAUCACAUCACACGCGCGCGCCCCAGCCGGGCCGGGCAUUUUCCCGCUGCGUCAUUCCUCAGUUUCCCCAGGACUGACAUUUCCCAGUGCGGAGCGCAAGGAAGACGUCAUCUUUGGAGACUUUGCUUUUGCAGCCCUGACACCCCCGCCCUUCAGAGGGGGGCAGGCGACGAGACUGUGAUGGAGAUCAUGAGACUGAUUUGCUAAUUAGGCCAGGGACACUGCCAUUUCCAAGUCUGAAAAAUGUUCCGAAUGUUUGGGUUCAGAGAAACAGUGUGGUCCAAGGAGAGUGUAAAAUCUGUAUAAUAUCGUCAACUUGUGUAUUCAUUAGUUGUAAUCUCAUGUUUAUGUGUUUUCUUGGCAAUGUCUAUUUACAAAUGCCCCAGAUGUUUAAGUAUUAAAUCAUUUUACCUAGCACUUAGAAGUAUUAAUUUACUUGAAGAGAUGUAGAAUGUAGCAAAAUUCCAUAAAGCAUGUGUGUUCAGUGUUACGUAGUUUGAUCCUUGUGAAGUCUUUACGUCACGUAGCUCUUAGGGUAUUGCUGUGAAAAUCAUCAGACUGAAGCUAAUAUGUUUGGAAAAAAAUAUAUACUUGAAGAACCCCCCCCCAAGUGUGUGCCCCUACCCCCAGCUCAGAAGUAGAAAGGGUUUACGUUUGCUUGUAUUAGCUGUGCCUUCAUUAUUUUGCUAUGUAAAUGUGACAUAUUAAAUAUAAAAUGGUGCAUAAUUAAUUUUUACUGCUUGAAGACGGACUGGCAUAAAGGAUGGAUUUCUAGGAAGAACAUUUAAUGUAAAGACUUUUCGCUUCUUUGUGGGUUUUGAAUUGUAUGUGAGCCAGUGAUCUGUAAAGAGCAUAAGCAUAAAGUUGUUUACCACUGUGGUGUUAAUAAAACAGUAUUUUCAAAAUAAAAAAAGACUUGGUAUUCUGA